UCCUGUUAUUAGUUAAUAAUGCUUCAUCACAUUUUCAUAACCAACCUAAUGUCUCUGAAUUACAUAAAUCAAAUAAACCAAACUCAGAUGAUGAAAUAUUUAAUGAUAAUUUAGAACUUGAAUCAAGGUUAACUAGAACUAAUCAAAGUGCAAGCAAUAGUUGUGGUAAUCAUGAUAAAUGUGUUACUGGUGAUAGUAUAGACCAUGAUAGUAGUGGUUAUG